AUGGCUUAUACCGGUGUUGAAACCUCGGUCGUUUGUGAGGUUGUUGACAGUGCGAAACGUUCCACACCAGGAGAUGGCGCAGCGUUGCCCGGUUCGGAGCAGAGCGAACAAUCGGAAGAUCUGUUCAAGCCCAUCAAGUAUACCUAUGAUUGCUACAACUGGGAUGGUGCGGACUUCAAAGAGACCCACGAUGUCCCCCUGCAGCUUAAAGUUGUGAAAGAGCCCAAGCAGGUCCCUCCCACAGAGGAGCCAUCCUGUGUGUUUGAAAUAGUGACAAAUGUCGAGGUUGAGCUGCCUCCUGGUGGUAUGCCAGAAGAGGCUGAAACGCCUUCACUGGAUUUCAUGAAGGUUAAACGCAUGAAAAAGGCCAAAAUGAUCAUCUACUCGCUGUCGCUCCUAGACGCCAUUCGAGAAGUCGUCAUGUACUACCCGAGUCAAAACCUGGUCGGUGAUGAGGUGACAGUCCAUGAGCCUUAUAGGGUGCUAAUUCAUCACAUCCGGGAGCUAAGAGAAUUGAGGGAGCGAUUAGACACCAGCAUCGCCGCAAACCCCGUCGCUCAUCUCUUGAAGAAGUGCCUUCACCUCAACGUGCUGCUACACUUCUUGGAUCCAAUAGUCCAGCGUGUGGCAUUUUCGGCUGACAAACGACUACUGAAAGAAACCCCCACAGUGAUCUUCGAAGACAUAUGGUAUCUUCUGAAACCGGGAAUGCUGAGCUAUUUCCUUAACGACGAUAUAUGGCUUGGUGGAAUCAUUGAAAGCGUGCAGUAUCGAGAGAAGACCGAUGAUGUAGAGGAAGCCUGGAUGUAUGAUGGACCCGUUAUAAUCGGACCCUGUGAUAUCCAGGUUGAGUUUCCAGAAAGUGACUGGACAUUCGAUUGGAGACCGGGCAGUGACAAGAAUGCAAAAGUCGAAGAUGAUCCAAACCCAAUAAGUCCGAUGCUUCCGCUGGAUUUGAAUGCCAGCGAAUGUUCGAAAUCACUACUAUCCGAUGAACACCUAUUUAUGGCAUGCCCAGUCAUGGCUGCAUUUGCAUUGUUGACCAAAACAUGGGAACUUGUGAACGUCGACUAUGCAGAGCAACUGGAGAAGGCGGCUACCAUACCGGAUGCAAAUAUAAAACCUGAAAACCUUGAAAUCAUUAAAGCCCUGUCAGAUCGUCAAAUCAAAACGCAAAAUCCCUGGUCCGCAGACUUCAUCAAGGAUAAAGGUGAAGGUGUCGUGGUGCUACUUCACGGGCCCCCUGGAGUCGGGAAGACGUAUACAGUAGAAUCAAUUGCAAUGAAUACCGGUCGUCCCUUGAUUAGUCUGACAAUAGCAGACCUUGGCACGAAGGAAGAAUCAAUCGAAACUCAUCUUACGAGUUGGUUUGCACUUGCCCAAAAAUGGCGAGCAAUUCUGCUCCUCGAUGAGGCCGACAUUUUUCUCGAACGUCGCGAACACAAGGAUAUUGCCCGGAAUGGAAUAGUUUCUGCUUUCCUCCGAAAGAUGGAGUUUUUCAAAGGCUUGCUCUUUCUGACCACCAAUCGGGUCGGCCACAUCGAUGAAGCAUUUAUCUCUCGGGUCCAUGUCAUCAUUGGCUUCGAAAAGCUUGACCCUGAAAAGCGAAAAAAGAUUUGGAAGAGCUUUCUCGAUAAGCUUCACGGGGAACAGAGAGGCAAGAUUCGUGUCACCGCGGCCUGCGCUCAAUUUCUCAUGGGAAAUGAGAUGAGCGCGAUGGACUGGAAUGGGCGCGAGAUCCGGAACGCCCUUCAGACUGCCAUUGCUUUGGCUGAAUACGAUAUGCGUAGGAGCGAAUACUACCACGAGGGAGAUGAGAUCACUGUUGAGAGCGACCAUUUCAAGAAGGUGAUGGAAAUGAACCGGUCGUUCCGCAAAUAUAUGGACAGCAUCAGGAAUAAUACUGAAGAGAAACGCGCUCAGAUCUAUUAUGGACGCAACGAUUCUUUUACCCAGGAUGGUGCCGCAACUGCAACUGCCCCCUUCUAG